AUGGAGGGCACAACCUCAAGACAAGACAAAGAAAAGGCUCAGAGAACCAUAAGGUUUCGGGUGGCAUCUGCAAAUAGCGGUCGCAUUUUAACGGAGGUGUUCAAGGAUGACACAUUGACAUUGUGUUGCUCAGUGACAGACUCAGUUGACUCGGACUGCACCAGCAACUCGGAGAGCGAGCGGGCGUGCUCCCCACCAACCAGCGAGGCAAAUGGGCAUCUGUGUGGGCUGGUGGGCACAGCACCGGAUGAUUGCGGGAGUGAUCCGGAUGACCUGCUUAUGUACGCUAGCACCAAAAAGGAGCUGCUCUUUAGCAACAAGCGCAUUAAUAUCUGCAGCAAGAAUGGGACUGUACGUGGUGUGAGGAACAAAGUCAGUGCAGGUCAAGUGCUGUUCAACAACCUUUCCAACCUCUCCAACGUGUAUACAGGUAACCUGCGUGGCAUCCGACCUCAUCUGAAAAAAAUACCAUGGGAAAAAGAUGCUGGGAACUGAGACUGGGUCUACUGACUCUGCUGGGAAUAGAACACACAACCUUUGGUCUUAAAGAUUUGUGUUUAUGUAUUUACUUCGGGGACAGUCACACUAGGCCCAAUGUCUCAAUUACUCCCCCUGGUCCCUUAUGGUUUAUGACCUGAAUGGUUGAGAUAAUAGUGAAUAACCAAUGCAAUCCUAAAACCAAUACAGUAGAGAUCCAAACCCUACAGUUAUGAACAGACUAUUCCUCUAAAUACAGCAUUAUUCUAGAGGCUGUGUAAAUCAGCUAUGCCAAACGCUGUAUUGGACAUGUGUUA